AUGAUAGCGCGUGUUACGCCGACCGAAAUACAUUCAGUCACUCAGUCUGUUGCCGACCGUCGAUUCGAGAACUUUGCGCCACUCUCCGACAACUUCACAACUUCCACACGGAUAGCGCAAUGUGAAUGCGGAGUUAUGUCUGCCACCGAAGUUAAAAAGUGCGAUAGUUCGGACGCUAAGAAGUUCCAGGGCAACAAUUUGAAUCCCAGUUAUACCGUUCGCGUUGUUUGUUGUGUCUUCUUCAUUUUCCUGACUGAGAUUUGCCUUUCGCACUACGUGUACCGGCUUAUAAAUUCGGAGAUUCGCAGUGAGUUUGUAUCGAAGAGCGACUUCCGGCAAUUUUUUAUCAACGAGUUACGCAGCGCCGGAGGUAGAGAUGAAAUUUUGAGAGUUUUGGAGGAGUUCAAGUUUGGCGAAAGGAAGAACAACACGAGGGAGAAGAGAAACGCCAACAAGCAUGGCACAAAUUACUUACCGAUGGCACCUAAGGAUAUCAUCGAGAUCGUGGGCAAUGACGAUGAGAAAACGUCCACAACUGGACAGGAUGGUAUUUGGUUGACGAGCACCAGUAAAAUUGCGGCAUCAACGUUGGAAGUUUAUUGCAAAAAAUUAGAAGCUUAUUGUCCCCUGCCUGAACAGGGAAAGCCAGGUCUUCCCGGCGUGAAAGGCGAUAGAGGUCUCCCGGGCAUUCCUGGACCCAUGGGAGGACGAGGCUUGUCCGGUCAUCCCGGAUUGCCGGGCGAGAAGGGUCAGAAGGGUGAGAUAGGUCGUGACGGAUUGGACGGCAGAGAUGGUAUUCCGGGCGAACCGGGACUGGACGGUUUGCCCGGAAGGAACGGACACGAUGGGAUACCCGGAAAUGACGGGCUGCCUGGAAUGAACGGAAAGCACGGAAUCGAUGGACAAAAGGGAGAACAAGGCCCGCCAGGACCCCAAGGACCACCUGGAUCUAAAGGUAUGACUGGGCCAAGGGGAAGACCUGGGAGACCUGGAAAUCAUGGAACGCCUGGAAUUCCCGGAAUAACCGCAUACACAACACGGGAUAACGCUACGAAACUACUUAUACCGCCCUCCAUUGCAGGGGUGCAUUUAGGUCCCGUGGGUCCAAUUAUUGUCCAAGAGGGCGAAAAUUUGCGUCUGCAUUGUUCUGCCACCGGCACGCCAACCCCCAGGAUUACGUGGCAACGUAUUGAUAACAAACCCAUUAAUCGAGGAGCAUGGCAAGACAUCAACAUCGCCGGUCCGACUCUCAAUUUGACGAGAGUUAACCGCGACCACAUCGGCACAUAUUUGUGUAUUGCUGACAAUGGAGUGCCACCGCAAGCCAACCAAACCUACGCUUUAGAAGUCCACUUCCCGCCUUUGAUCAGAAUACGACAUCAAAUGGUGGAAGUCGUAAACGGAUCCACGGCCGUUUUAGAAUGUGAAACCGAAGGAUUUCCUGAGCCGGUUAAAUUUUGGGAGAGGUCAGAUGGAAUGCUCCUGGAGCAUGGUGGUAAAUACCGGAUCGAUAAUUCCGAAACUGUGGGCUACAAAUCAAAGAUGCAAUUGAAUAUUACACGGGUCAAUGCCAAUGAUUUCCUAUAUCUGUACGCUUGUGUUAGCAAGAACUUACUACAGAGGACCAGAGGGGAAAUCACCAUUUACGAGGUCGAUUCGUACAAGAAGUCGAGGUCUCAGAUGGGUUCAGAUUUUGGGAAAGAUCCGACGGUGUACGGGGUCUUACCGCCCGACCGAAAAUCUCUGGAGGAUCUCUGUGGUCCUCCAGUUCUGUGUCCCGAGUGUGAGAACAAGUGCAGCCCCGGCGGAGUGUCACUAAUAGAUCUGAUCAGUCAUUGGGAAGUCAGACAGUUGGACAUCAACAUGACGUUAAUCGGACUUGGUAAAAGAACAACCGAUUGUGUUUUAUAUGCCGUUGGCAAACCUGUAUACAAUAGUUUCACUGAGCACAAUUACGGGUGUUGGAUGCGUGAAACAAUUUCUUCCAACGAAAAGAACUAUGAGAAGUUCUGGGCCACUUACGAGGACUACCCACACAAAUUAUACGAGUUCGACAACAAAACGGUGUAUAAAAACAAUAAGCCAUCAAAGGAGUACAUGAUUCCCAGUAAGUUUGAGGGCAGUACCCAAGUUAUAUACAACGGUUGCUUUUAUUAUAAUGAACACGGAAAAAAUAAAAUUGUUAAAUACAAUUUGAGCUCAGAAUCUAGCUCGUUUUUGGAUAUACCCUUCGAUAACGUGCAGGACAAACUUUAUUCUGGUCAAUACAGCCACAUGGACUUCAGUGUUGACGAUAAUGGUCUCUGGGUAAUCUUUCCCAUCCCCAACAGCAACAACACCGCCGUCAUGAAGCUGGAUGUUGAUAAGAUGAUGCCUCAGAAGAUUUGGAACGUCAGCAUAGACCACCAUAAGGUCGGCGAAAUGUUCAUAGUUUGUGGCGUUCUCUAUGCUGUCGACAGUGUUUCUAUUACCAACACCAAGAUUAGAUUUGCCCUGGAUUUGUACAAGGAUAUUUUGCUCGAUGUGAACCUUUCAUUCUCAAACCCCUUCAGGAAGACCACCAUGAUUGGCUACAAUCACAGGAAUAAGGAGCUGUACACUUGGGACAAGGGCAAUCAACUGACGUACCCAGUGAGGUACCACGAAAUCGGUUACAAUUUGACUGGAAGGGAGGACAAAAUGGAGAAUAUGGACAAUCCGUCGCCUCAGAUGCAAACUAGCUUUGAAUUAUAUGUUUAAUCUUAUAAAAUGUAACAUCGGAAUUAAAACUAUUCUGUAAAUAUUUUGUGUGUGUAAUAUCCAAUAACUAGGUUUGUAAUUUCGAAAUAAAAUUACGUUUCUA